UGAAUUAAAUUGAUUGUUUACUAUUCGAUUGGUUUGAUCUCCACUUACCUUUGAUUUUUGGCUAAUUGUUUGAUUUGUUUUGUUGGUAUUCAGUUUGUUUUUCUCUCUUUUUCUUGAAAUACUGCAACAGUUGAGAAACUAAGUUCAGUGAUGAUCAGCUGAUUGUUAUAUUUUUCUUUCGGUGUUUUUUUGUCUUGACUUUUGGUACUUGAGAUUUUUCGAGUUUUCAUUGAAAAAAAUGGCGAAUCGAACUUUAAAGGACGUUAAAUCUAUUCAUCAAACUAAUCCACAGUAUUUAAUCGAGAGGAUUAUCAGGGGUAGAAUUUAUGAAUCCAGGUUCUGGAAAGAGGAUUGUUUUGGUAUCAAUGAGGAAUCUCUUGUUGAUAAAUCAACUGAAUUAAAAUAUGUCGGUGGUAUUUACGGUGGGAACAUUAAGCCGACACCUUUUCUUUGUUUGAUCUUGAAAAUGUUACAAAUUCAACCUCAUAAAGAUAUUAUCAUCGAAUUUAUCAAACAGACAAAUUUCAAAUAUGCUCGAGCUUUAAGUGCUUAUUACCUGCGAUUAACGACCAGCUCAUUGGAUGUGUACAAGUAUUUGGAACCACUUUACAAUGAUUACAGGAAAUUACGUUACAUCGAUCGGAUGGGAAAAUUUUCAAUCAUUCACAUGGAUGAAUUUAUCGAUAUGCUGUUAAGAGAAGACAGAGUAUUCGAUGUGAUUUUACCUCGAAUUAGUGCUCGUCGAGUUCAUGAGGAAAAUGGUGAAUUAGAACCGAGAGCGAGUUUGUUAGAAGAAGAGCUUGAUGAUGACUCUGAAGAAGAGAAUGAAGAAGAUAUGGAAGAUACCAAUUCGAAGAAAAAUACUGAGAAAAUGAGUCGAGGUGAAGAGCAUGUAAGAAAUAGAGAGAGAUCUUCAGAACGUGAUUUAGAUGAUGAAAAGAGGAGAAGAAGAAAAGAUCGAGGUAGAGGAAGAGAUCGAAGUGUAGAACGUGAAAGAGAUAGAGAUAGAGGCCGUGAUAGAGAUCGUGACUAUGAUAGAGAUAGAGGAAGAGACAGAGAUCGAGAUCGUGACAGAGACCGAGAUCGAGGUAGAGACAGAGAUCGAAACAAAUACGAUCGAUACUCUGACCAUUCUCGACGCGAAGAAAGAUCAAGUACAAAAAGAAGAGAUAAAUCAUCUGAACGUCAUAAAGAUGACAAUCGCUCAAGAAAAGAUUCCAACAAAGAGAAAGCCGGCAAAUCGAGCGGAGGAGGAAAAACUUAUCAAGACGAAAUCGACGAGGCGAACGCACUCAGAGCGAAACUUGGCUUAGCCCCAUUAAAACCUUAAAAGAGAAAAGCAAAAAUUUUUCUAAAACCAUCAACUAAAAUACGAAAAAUAAAUGACCACAAAAAUUAA